CGUGACUCUUCCAGGCCAUUCGUCGCUCUUGCAGCCUAGCCGUCGUUCCUCCCGCUUCCCUGCUCAUCGAUACAUUAGACUGCUUGUCUUGCAUCUGUCCAUCUUACGGCUUUCAUUGAUUGCCCAAAAGCUCGAGACUUGCAUCUUUCGCUCUGCUUCAUUGCAUUCCUCGCCAGCUUUCUUCAGGACCAUCCGUCGGCUGUGUUCUAGCUCAAACGCCUGCGUCAUCACCCACUCAACAGAGCUCCCUCAGGCGGAAGCUCAGCUUGCCAACCCAACCGAGACACGUCCACCCGUUACCUGACAGUCACCAUGGAGGUUCUCUUGGGUAUUUCCGGAAAGGACUUUGUCCUGAUUGCAGCUUCCAAAGCUGCCAUGCGAGGGGCAACCAUCCUGAAGGCUUCCGACGACAAGACCCGGGAGCUCAACAAGAACACACUCAUGGCCUACUCCGGAGAGGCUGGUGACACUGUGCAAUUUGCAGAGUACAUCCAACGUAAUGCGCAGCUAUACAGCAUGCGCAAUGAGACCGAACUUUCUCCGCCAGCACUGGCCAACUUUGUACGAGGCGAACUUGCCUCAAGUCUCCGCAGUCGGAAGCCAUAUCAAGUCAAUCUCCUGCUUGGUGGCGUCGACAAGGAUACAGGCAAGCCCAGCCUUUUCUGGCUGGACUACCUUGCGGCGCUGGCCGAGGUCCCGUACGCCGCGCACGGUUAUGCACAGUACUACUGCCUCUCCAUCCUGGACAAACAUCACCAGCGGGACAUUUCGCUAGAGAGGGGUAUCGAGCUCCUAAACCUCUGUGCGGACGAACUCAAGAGGCGGUUGCCGAUUGACUUCAAGGGAUUGACUGUGAAGGCGAUCACGGCAGAUGGUGUCAAGGAUAUUCCUUAUGACGAUGACAAGAUUGUCAAGUCUGCAUAGGAGGUCGAGGAAGUGUCAGAAAUAAAUCACAAUUGAUGUCUUGCAGAAAU